UCAAAAGGGAGGGGAGGGAAGGGGGGGGGGUGCAACUCAAUAUUAGGAAGGUGUUCCUAAUGUUUGGUAUACUCCGUGUAUAUGAGUGAUUAAAAUAGUGAUUUAAGUACAGACAACCGUCAACACAUUUCCAACUGUAGGGAUUAUUGGUGGCAUGAUUUUGAACACAAUGCUGCAAUUCAUAUAGUAUUUCCAGUUUUUACAAAUAAAAUAAGUAAAAAAAUAAAAGGAAACACAUAGCAUAGAUAAAGACAAUUCUGUAUUCGUUCAACUCAAUAGUGGUUAGAAUUACUGAUAGACAGUAUAAUGCAGGAAUGGGAAUAGUCUUGAGACAGACUGAACAUAAAUGUAAUUGAUUAGAUUUGGUUCUGGGUGCCUAGAUUAGAAUCUGAAAGACCCAUUCCCUGUCCGGUGGCCCUGGAAACAUACUUCUCAGUUAUUUAUAGUCACAUGAAUAGCUGGCURUGGGGACAAAAUARCUGCUUAGAGUUAGACCCCUAUACUGUACAUCCUAUACAUGUUACAAAUUACAGUUUGUAGGUAGGUAGUGUAGUUGAAUUGACGUUAUACCCUUUAGAAAAGUGUUAUAAUASCAGAGAUGUCUUAGUGUGUUUAAUGCCYGAUUCKUCCCCUCCUGUUAGUGGUUUUGGAGAAGCUUUCCUUGAACAUUAUUCUAGCAGUUUAUGAUAUGAAAAUUCAAACAUGUAACUUUCAUAUUGGCAUUACAGUACAAGGAAUACACAUGCAACGGAUACAUGCAUAUACUGUAAAACACUAGACUGUUAGUAAGUGUAAGGAAUUAAACAAUGAAAUGAAUGACUUCAGUAAGGUGCUCUUUCCAUUCUACUUCAACUCUCUCCCAACUUUCUCACCACUGUUGCASUUCAUUUUCCCAAAAGAGCAAUGAGAUCUUCCGAUUGGAUGUCUUGAGCAGGCUGUCCGGUUAGUGCUAAGGUUAAAACUCUCAAUUAAAUCGUUAAGACUUCYAAAAGUUUAAAGAGACUUGACAUGUUUACUCUGGUCACCCUGAUUUUGUGUCAGGGCUGGGGCAGAUCWGCUUGGCAACCCCUCCACCGCCCCUUCUACGCCACCAAUGCAGGUGUCUGUAGACGGAGUCAAAGACAGACGCGGUGUACCGUGCAAACAGUGUGGUCCACUUUAGCAUCUGCACGAACCAGUUCACAGAGCGACUCACAAAGGUCAYAAACACUGUGGUGUAGUGUGCAAGUAGGAGAAGGCUUCGUCCAAGUUGUCUUCCAUUGUUGAUGAUCAGAUUGACCCGUGGGUCAUGACCCGGYCCCAUCCUAAUAAAUUCAGUUGUGUGGUUACAAAUGAAAAUGGUWAAGAAGGUUAAUCAUGGUAUAAAAAUACCAAAACAUUAUCUUGAAAAAAAAAGAGCGUUUUGGCGCAUGUUGCACAUUUUUCCUUAAGACGGUCUCUUGAAAAAUGGUAAACGGUCGGAAUUUACAGACGCCCCAUUACUGUUGUGCAAUCCUCCACUGGCCAAUCGGUGCUCUGCAAGUUUUGUUUCCGGGAUGUUUGGUGAUGUGGCUAUGCACAGAAAUUCAGCAGAGGAUAUUCUUCAAAUAAAAAGCAGAACCCGGUAUCUGAGAAGCACUCAUACAGUUWCGGCUACAUGCUCAGCCGGCUGUCCCAGGGCUUUACCAACGUCCUGCAGGAGCUGUCUGGGGACGAGCCCCCCGAUGGAGCCCCUCAGAGCUCUCCAGACAGCUCCUUCACCAGCUCAGCUCCUGCUGUGGAGGAGGAACUCCAGGAGCUGAGGAAGCAGCUCAGUGAGGUCUCGACCUCGGCGAAGAACCUCGAGGAGCKUCUCCAGAUGUCCGAACAGGCCCUGUGUGAAAAGGAAGCCGUACACACGCAGCAGGUUCGUGUGCUUCAGGCAGUUGUCUGUGAAAAGGACGUGCGUUUCCAGGAGCAGAUCCAGAAGCAUGAGGACGAGCUGCUGAGGGUCACAGUGCAGAGGCAGAACGACGCCGAGCUACAGCAGGCUCUACGUGCAGCCCAGCGGCGUUGUGAGGAGCAGGAGGAAGCCAUGCGGUCACGCUGCCAGGUGCUGGAGAUGCUGCAGGGGGAGCUGGACAAUGCCGACCAGCAGAAACAGAUCCUCACGGCUCAGUUCCGCCAGAGGGAGCAGGAGCUGGCUGAGGCUGGCAGGCAGAGGGAGCAGGAGCUGGCUGAGGCUGGCAGGCAGAGGGAGGAGGAGCUGGCUGAGGUUGGCAGGCAGAGGGAGGAGGAGAGACAGCAGUGGGCUGGGUGGUCCAGCCAGGCCCAGGCAGAGCUGUUGGCCCUCCGAGCCAACCUGGAGGCCUCCGAGAGGGACAGAGCAGCCCAGCUAGCCAACCUGGAGGCCUCCGAGAGGGACAGAGCAGCCCAGCUAGCCAACCUGGAGGCCUCAGAGCAAGACAGGUCAACCCAGAUGGAGGAGCUGACAGUGAAACUGGAGUGGGCCACUAGAGAGCGGGAGGAAGUGACCAACAGAGAAGUAGCCAGGUUGGAGAAGGAGCUUGCUGCCUUAAGAGAGGAGCAUGGAGAGGGRCAAAGGGCAGGAGAGGCCCUGGCUGAGUUGUUGACAGGCCUGCGCUCUCUGGCUGGWGAGGGGGCCGAGGAGGACAGCCCURUUYCCACCGAYCCGGCCCUGUGCCUGGAUACACUGCAGGCCCUGGAGGCCCGKCUGGAGAGGCUGAGGGUGGAGCAGAGGGAGAGCGAGGAACGCUGYGCCCAGGUCACCCACACYAUGGAGACAUUGCAAGAACAACUGGAUAAGCGCACUGCAGAAGGCGAAGAGGCAGUUGCUAAGAUACAACAGCUGGAGCAGCAAAUUGGAAUGGUUGCUAGGGAGUCAUUGGUCCAGUGUGUGACUGACCCGUCUGUGGAAGAAGUGACUGAUGCUGAAAAAGCCCAAAUAUUGGCUCUGGAGCAGCAGCUAUUGGAGAGAGACCAUGAGUUGGCUGCCCUGAGAGAGAGUCUUGUGCUGGCUGAAGAGCAGGGCUCAAAUGAUGCUUUCAAGGUAAGCUCUGAUCAGAUUCUAGACCAGAGUGAGGACACUGCCAUGGCGCCCUGCGACAGUCCUACAGUGCUGCCAGACCUCCUAGAAGACACGCGAGAGGAGGACACCAGCCUGGUGGCAGAGGAUAGGUCAAUCCUGUCAGUCUCCGCUGAUAACGAGAGCAGUCCAGAGCUCAUUGAACCCCAGUCUGACUCUCCCGGAGAAUCUAAGGGGGCCUCCUCUGAUGAGAUGGUCACUAGCAGUGACUCCGAGGUGGCCCACAGCAGCUGGACCCUCCUAGAGGCUGUGAACCAAGAUGAAGGUCAGCAGUCGCCUCCCAUACUGCAGGGCUUUGGCCAGCUCCAGAUGCAAUCCUGGGAAGAGAACAGCUCUGAGCAGGAAACAUCCACAGUCCAGGUGGAGUCCUCAUCAGUCAUCAUCUGUGAGACUGUGCAGGUGCACCUCAGCCAGCAGGGGGCGACCCUCUCUGACUCUGCCCCUGGACAGGUGUUUGCCCAGGACCUGGCAGAUGAGAUGCAGAGCAGGUACAGUGAGCUCAUGGCUGAGCUCCAGAGAUUGAGAGAGGCUGCCUCAGAGUCACGGGAGAGAACCCAAGGCCUUGAGGAAGAGAUUCGGUCCCUGGCAGCUGCCAAGGAUGAGGCAGAGUCCCAGGCCCAGAGAUAUGAGGAAGAGCUCCAGUCAGCCAGGUCAGAGAUGGACACGGUGGCCCAGCACAGUGGCUCUGAGUUGGAGAGGCAGAGCAUGGAGAUGCAUCUCCUGGAGGAGCAGCUGGCCAGCCUGCAGACAGAAGGCCGCUCCAAGGAGCAGCAGAUCCAGGCCCUGCAGGCAGACCUGGACGAGGCUCAGCGCUCUCUCUCUGAGCAGGAGGGCCAGGCCAGGAUGCUGAGCGCCCAGCUGGAAGAAGGGGAGAUCACCUCCUCUGAGCUGGAGCGGAAGCUCCAAGACAUGGAGGCCAGCCUGCUGGAGUUCUCUCAGGCUAGGGACAUGGCCAAAGCUGUACUGUCUGAGAGGGACACUGAGAUUAACGAGCUGCAACUGCGUAUCACCCAGAAAGAGCAGGAGAUGAUGGAGCUGAGCAAUGGCAUGUCUGCCAAACUGCUCCAGACCGGUGAGGAGAAGUUCCUGAUGAGCACUGAGGUCAAGAAACUGAAGGAGCAGAUAAUUGAGCUUGAGAAAGCUGGAGAAAAGGAGAAAGCGACAGGGGAGAGUCAUGUAGAGGAUGGUGAUGAGCUCACUAGUUUGCGAAAGGACAAAGAGGAUCUGACAACCCAAGUGGCCACCAUUAAAAAGAGGUUGCAGGCAGCCCUGGUGCAGCGCAAAGAGCUGAUGAAAAAAGUURCAGAGUUUGAGAAAGAGGCAGAUCAAAGGAAAGGACARGUAGGGRAAGCAACGGAGGAAGCCYCUGCAAGUGUACCAGCUUUAGAAAAAGACAGAAAACAAGAGGUUAUGGCAAUUGAGACUACUYUCGAWGAGUUCAGACAAGCCUUGARGUCCAAAGAAGAGGCCAUGGAGGUUUUGGAACAGAAAAUCAGCCAGCAGGAUCAGGUUCUGGAAGAGACACUUGAAAUGAACAGAAGGCUGAGUGAGGGAGCUCAGCAGACUCCAGAGGCUGACACCUCAGCUGAAAUCCCUGGGUUKCAGUCCCAGGUGGCCUCACUGGAGUCAGAUUGCGAAACACUGCAAAAGAAACUCCAGGAGGCCCAGGACUCUCGCAAAGACACCAUCCGCAAGGCCAAAGAAAAGGACAGGCACCACCGCGAACAGCUAAAACAGCAAAAGGAAGAGUACAACGGGCUGUUGGAGCGUUUGGAGGAGCAGGUUGGUGAACGAGAUGGGCUGUUGACUAGACUGAGCGAGCUUGAGGAACUGCAGACACAGAAAGAGGUGAGCACAGAGAAGGAAGUACAUGCUGAGCUGGAGACCAACGUUGCAGUGGAGAAGAUUGAGAAGGCAGCUGCAGGAGAUUGGGUCCAGGAAGACUGGGUGGAAUUUGCAGCUCCUGAGAAUGAAGCACAACAACAACAAGGUGAUAAACCCAUUACCAGUGCCGAGGAACCCUCUCAGCUACUUUCAGCUGACAUUGAGGCCUCAUUACAAGCUCUGAAAGAAGAGGUCCAGGCUGAGAAGGCAUCUUGUACAGAGUUGGAGGGCCAACUGCAGGAGAGCCAGGCUAGCCUGUCACUCAGGGAAAGUGAGCUUCUAGUGCUGGGUGAUGAGCUGCAGGCCCUGAGAGAGAAGGAGAGCCAGAUUGAACUUGUCUAUGAGGAGUUGGAGGCUCUGAGGGAGAAGUGUUUCCAGGCUCAGACCUAUGCAGAAGCUGUGAAAGCAGAGUUGGAGGCUGCGGCCAAGGGAGCCGCCUCAGACUCCACUGAGUCCACCAUUGCCAUCCUGCAGACAGAGGUGGAGGAAUUCAAGCAGUUCCUGAGCAACAAGAACGAUGAGAUCAUGGAACUUAGGCAGCAGCUGGGUGAGCAAAGCUCCCUCCUCCAGUCCAUGCAAGAGACAGUGUAUGAGAAGGACCAGUCGAUCGCCUCCCUGCAGGAAGGCCUGAGAGCAGAGAAGGAAAAGAGCCAGAGACUGGAGGCCGAGGUCCCCCAGAGGCAGGAGGAAGAGAAGGGCAGCGAGGCCAAGAUCCUGCAGCUUCAGCAGAAGCUCAAAGCUGCCCUUAUCUCUCGCAAAGAGGCCCUCAAAGAGAACAAAAGCCAGAAAGAAGAGUUGGCCUCCACUGAGAAAGUCAUCACUGAACUGCAUCAGAAGAUGGAGGCUAGAGAAGUCGAGCUGGAGAAGCUGAGAGCAGAAAGAGAGAGGCUGAUAGUGGAGAACCAGAGCCUUGGAGGGUCCUGCGAGAGCCUCAAGCUGGCCAUGGAGGGUAUGCUGACAGAGAAAGACUUCUGUAAAAGAGAGGCAGAGUCUGCCAAAGAGGAGGCUGCCCGGGCAUGCAGAGAAUGGGAGGAGAAGGUGCAUGGGAUGAAGGAUGAGUAUGAGACUCUGCUAAAGUCCUAUGAGAACGUGAGUGAUGAGGCAGAGCGUGUGAGACGUGUGCUGGAAGCUGCUAGRCAGGAGAGGAAGGAGCUUGUUGCUAGAGCCAGGACCCACGAGGCAGCCAGGCAGGAGGCUGAACGGCAGAAAGAAGAGGCCCAGAAAGAGGUGGACACUGUCAAAGACAAGAUGAGGAAGUUUGCCAAGACCAAGCAGCAGAAAAUCAUGGAUUUAGAGGAGGAGAAUGAGAGUCUCAGAGAGAUGGAUGAAAAUAAAGGAAUAAGAAGGGAGGACAAGGCACUUAAAGGAGAACUUGAAAGACUCAAAGAGGAGUUUGAGGCUCUGAAAGCUGAUUUUAAUGCCACUACGGCACAGAGGGACUCCUUAGAACAGCAAGUUGUUGAGGUGAGGGAACAACUAGCCCAAGAGCUAGAGAAAGGGGACAGAUUAGCUCCAGAUAAAACCCCCAGCUCUGAUGAUGUAGUGGAGGAAACUAUUGUUGCCCAGCAGUCUAGUACAGUCAUGACUAAAACUACCCAAGAGCUAGUUAAGAGCCAGCCUCAGGACAUAGAGCCACAUAGUCAGGACAUAGAGUCUGAGGUAGCUGCACCUGAAACGCCCUCUGUUGAGAAGAUGGUGAAGACCGAAAUAACUGAAAGUACACAGGCCCUAAUUGAUGAGAAAUUGAGCAAAAUGGAGGCAGCCCUACAGUCAGAGAGGGAACUGAGGCAACAGCGCGAGGCUGAACUCACUGCUGAGCUGGCCUCUCUGGAGCAGCGCCUUCAGGAGAGUAAAGAGAAGGAACAGACCCAGAGGGAUGAGCCGGUGAAGACGGACAUGUCUGAAAGUGAACUGACCGUAAUUGAGGGAAAGCGGAGGGAAAUGGAGGCAACCCUACAUUCAGAGAGGGAACCCUGGCAAGAGAGUGAGGCUGAACUCAAGGCUGGACUAGCCUCUCUAGAGCAGCUCCUUCAGGAGAGUAAAGAGAAGGAACAGAGCCUGAUGGAGGAGAGCUCUAAAAGGGAAGCCCAACUCCAGGAGCUCCACAGCAGCCUGGAGGUAGAUAAGGAUGACCUAGAGGAGCGUCUGAUGAACCAGCUGGCCCAGCUGAAUGGCAGCAUCGCCGGCUACCAGCAGGACGCGGCAGACAGCCGGGAGCGCCUUGCGGAGCUGCAGCGGGAGGUGGAGAGACUGGAGAGGGAGCGGGCCGAACUGGAAGUCCUGGCCGAGAGCGAAAGGGACCGGGCAGCCAGGCUGGAGGAGGACAAGAGGCAGGCCCAGAGAGAGAGGGCCGAGGCAGAGGCAGAGUCAGGGAAGCAGAGGGAGCUGGAGCAGCAGCUGAAGUCCGCCCAGAGGGUGAAAGAGGGCAGCCAGAGCCGGGCAAAGCAGCUGGAGGAGCUGCUGAGAGAGAAGCAGCUGGAGGUGCGCCAGAUGCAGAAGGACUGCAUCCAGUACCAGGAAAGGAUCAGCGAGAUGGCCAGGGAGGGCAAGGCUUUGCAACUGGGCAGCAACGAGGUCCACAAAGAGCUUGGGCAAGCCUAUCUGGAGAGGACCAWAGUCACAGAYGCUUUGAAGAAGACUGAGGCUGAGYUAUCUAGCUGCAAAGCCCAGCUGGUUGAGGCCCAGACAGAGGCCAGCCAGGCCCAAGCUGAGAGGAGAGCCUGUGAGCAGACCGCUCUACAGAGAGAGGCUGAGUUGAAAGCAGAGGCAGAGCAGAGCCUGGACUCUGUGAGGUUCAGGCUGGGAGCCGAGCUGAAGCAGAUUGAGCUGAGGUUGGAGGAGUCUUACCGGGAGAGGGAGAGAGAGGAGRAUGCCACCCGGGAGGCAAAAGAGCUGGCUGACACCGCUGAGAGACAGGCCCAGCAGAUGCAGGCCCGCCUGGAUGAGUCUCUGGCCCGACUGGCUGCCUUCUCGCGCUGUAUGUCCUCCCUGCAGGACGACAGGGACCGCGUGCUGGAUGAGACCCGGCAGUGGGAGAGUCGCUUCAACAGCACCCUCCAGGGGAAGGAGGCCGAGGUGCGGGAGGGAGAGACCCGGUCCAGAGAUCUGGCUGAACAGCUGCAGAAAGAGACCGCACRGAGAGAAGAGCUACAGCUUACAGUGGACAGACUGCAGAAAGCAGACGAGCAGUGGCAGCUGAAAUGGGAGCAGGAAGAGAAGARGCUCCGUGAGAACCAGGCUGCCCUGGAGCAGGAGAGGGGGGAGCUUCAGAAGUCCCUAGCCCAGACCGAGACCUCCCUGGCUGACGCUCGCGCCCAGCUGGCCUCCCUGGAGAGUGAGGCGGAGGGGCUCCGCCACAGAGCCCAGGCCCUGGAAGAGGYAGUUGGGAAGCUGCAGGGAGAGACCAACGAGGCCAGGUCCCAGCUGAAGGAGAGGGAAGCAGAGGGGAGGAGGCUGGGCCUGAGCGUGGAACAACUGGAGACAGACCUGCACUCCUCYAAGACCCUGACAGAGAACCUGCAGACAGAGCUGAGUGAGAAGGAGAGGAGAGAGGUAGAGCUGCUGGGGGAGAAGGAGCAAGCCGUGACACAGGCUGCAGAGGAGGCCAGGAGGGAGGCUGACGCCAGGGCCCAGGAGGCUGAGAAGGAGCUGGAGGAGAGGAGAGAGGAGGUGCGGGGUCUGGAGGACCGGCUGCRGAAGGCAGAGGAGGAGAGCAGCCACAGCAAAGCCAGGCUGGACGCCUUCACCAAGGCCAUGGGCUCUUUACAGGACGACAGAGACAGAGUACUUGGCAUGUACAAACAGCUGGAGGAGAAACAUCUGCAGGUGAUGAUGGAAAAGGACGCUCUGAUCCAGGAGGCUGCUGCGGAGAAUAACAGUCURAAGGAGGAGCURCGCUCYCUAUUGGUCCAGAGGGAYGACCUCCACGCAGAGAAGGCCAAGCUAUCUGCCCAGCUUCAYRGCUACAGGGACGACCUUACCCAGGUCCUCACCAUGAAGGAGUCCCAGCACAAGCAGCUCUUGUCCGGCCAGCUGGAGCGCAUCGCUACCCUGGAGAAGGAGAGAGAAGAGCUAGGGACUAAGAUCAAGAGCCUGGAGGGAGGGGAGGCUUUCGUUCAGGCGGUGGAGAGGGAGGCCCUCAGCCAGGCUGGUGAUAGUGGAAACAGGCAGGUGAGAGACGCUCCCGGGGCGGAGGUAGAGAAGCUGAGGGAGCAGCUGCAGGCUGCCAGGGCCCAGGUGGAGAGCCUGGAGGAGAGCCUUGCCAAGGAAAGAGAGGUGCAGGAAGCUCGGCAGAAGGAGCUGAAAGAACUGCGUUGGGAGGGAGGGGUGACGCGGACGGAGUCGGAGACAGCGGCCGAGAGGGUGGCCGAGCUGGCCCGAGACCUGCUGACCACGGAGCAGAGGCUGCUGGAGGAGAGGGAGGUGGCCGGCCAGCUCCGGGCCCAGAACCAGGCGUUCGGCCAGGCCAUGGCGUCACUGCAGGGCAGCAGGGACCAGGCACUCAGCCAGGCCCAGGAGCUCAGCCUCAGACUGGAGGAGAUGAGCAGGGCAGGGGGCCAGCAGACACCCACCACGGGGCAUGGAGGAUCCACUGCGGAGGUGUGGGGACUGAAGAACGCCCUGUCAGCCCUGCAGAACGACAGGGAGAGACUGUUGGAACAGCUGCAGCGGCAGCACUCAGAGCUCACUCGACUGGGAGGAGGAGAGCUGUCUAGACUCAGCCAGGAGCUAGAGGAGGAGAGGAGGAGGGCUGAUGAGAUGGUGGACAGGAUGAGGGAGCUGGACAACCUGAGGCAGAGGGAGAACCAGGAACUAGACAUUCUCAGGCUGGAGCAGGUUGACUGGCAGGCCCAGGCAGAGCUCCUGAAGCAGCAGACCCUGGCCACCCUCUCGGACCGUGACCAGCAGGUGCGCCAGCUCGGUGCCAUGUUGAAGGAGGCCCGCGCCACAAGGCCCAAACCACCGGAGGAGGAACACCACCAGAGACAGGCACCUGUUGAGGCAGACCUGUCAUCUAAAGUAGGGGUCCUUCAAUCAGAGAGUGGCCCGCUGAAUGAUCUUGAGCUGCGAGAGCAGCAGAUUACACAGCUCAGUAAUAAGAUAGAGAGACCAGACUGUUCCUCCUUCCUGUCACCCAUAGCCUCUUGUCCAUGUCUAACAACCCUACCUACAAUCAUUGUUUUACUACUACGCUAUCUGACAACUACCUCUGAUCACCCUCUCUGAUUUACAAUACUAAAUGACAUGGUUGGAUGAAAGGUACUUCAUUUCAUGAAUCUGGAUUAGAUGAUUCCAUAUUUCAUCUAUGUGUCUCCCUCUGGCUCUUUCCUCUUCAUUAAAUUCUCUUGCAUGCCCCUUUUCCAUUCUCUUUCAUCGUUUCUUCUCUGCUUUUUCUUCGUUCUUCUGUCUUUUGGUUUUGUGUGUGUGUGCAGUCUG